AUGGAUUUCAAUCCAUUUCAGGACUCGGCAAACUUUGUUGAUCUACUUAAUAGUCAACAAAAAGUGUUCUUUGGUAACAUAGCAGAUACCGUUCCACUCUCAUCAUCGGAAGGUCCAAAAAAUGUUGACGAGGCUACUGCAGAGCGUAAGGAACGAAAAACCUGGACGCCAACAGAUGAUAUAGUGCUUAUAAGCUCGUGGUUGAACAUGAGCAAAGACCCCGUUGUUGGGAAUGAGCAAAGUCCCAAGGUUGCUGGCACUGAAAAAAUAGAGGGAUCUCAGUGCAAGCAACGUUGGCACAAACUAAAUGAUCUAGUUUGCAAGUUCUGUGGGGCGUAUGAAGCAGCAACAAGAGAGAGAACCAGUGGUAUGAACGAGAAUGAUGUUGUAAAAUCAGCCCAUGAAAUCUUCUUCUCCAACCAUGAAAAGAGGUUCACACUUGAACAUGCUUGGCAUGAGCUUCGCAAUGACCAGAAGUGGUGUGAAGUCUCUACAGCUAAAACUAAAAGCAGCUCCAAAAGGAGAAAGUUUGGGGAUGGUCAACAAUCAGCGAGCUCUCAUGUAAAUGAAAACGAUGCUACUGUAGAUGAUGACGGAAGGAAUCAUCCCGCAGGGGUUAAGGCAGCAAAGGCCCGUGGGAAGAGGCCGAUGGGUGAGGGGAAACAGCUGUCUGACUUCCAGACUAUGUGGAGCAUCAAGAGGGAUGAUUUGGCAAUGAAGGAAAGGCUCUCCAAGAUGAAGUUACUUGAGAGUCUUGUUGCAAAACAAGUACCGCUAGCUGAUUAUGAAGAAGCUCUGAAGAAGAAGCUCAUAGAUGAGUUGAUUUCUAGUUAG